AUGACACUUUAUUUUGAAAAUCCGGUGAGUUUUCCGGAGCCGGGCUCGAUUUCCCUGAACGGGGUCUGGCACCCGAACUCGGCCCUUCUGGCCGUGGCCAGUUUUUCGCAAGAUAAGGGCGGUUACGUGACGAUUUUCGACGAGUUGGGGGAGCCUUUGAGCGAUAUAAACUACCCCGUACACCGCAGUUUUCAAGUAACGGCCCUUGCCUGGCACCCCGAGCGCCAUGUCCUGGCCACCGGGUGGGAAAACGGCGAGUUUAAAAUCUGGAACGGGGAGAAGGACUUUGCGCUCAUUGGGGGGCCGCACAAGGCCCCCAUCACGCUGCUGGAGUUCAGCGAAAAGGGGGGCCGGCUUGUGUCGUGCGAUUCGGCGGGGUCGCUUGUGGGGUGGAAGGUGGUGGAUACUCAGGCGCAGACUGUUAUGGUUUUUCAUCUGGAUUUGAAGGAGUCGAUUACGCAUUUGACGUUCAGGAUUACGAUAAAGCCGCAUCCGGAUUUUGAUGUUGAGGGGUUGGCUAAGGCGGCGGUUAAUGGGGAUGAAAGGGCCCUCGAUCUUUUUAGUAAUUGGCGUCCGAAGACCACAGCCCGGAAAUUCCGUGUUCAGGAGGGUUCUGACAACUUGUCAUUUUACGUGGGGACGCAAGUGGGCUCAAUUUACUACGUUAAUAGCGGGGGCUCGUGCAUGGAAGUCUUAAACACGGAAGGGGUGCCCCUUUCUUACAUUGUGCACCAUCCGAGCAAAGACGCCCUAAUUGUCAUGAUGGAGGGUUUAACAAUCGGUCAUUUCUCCGUUGAUAGUCAAGGCCAGUUAAACGAAUUAGCUAAAGUUAAAUUAAGCGGAAGGGUGCAAAGUCGCGGUGUUGGAACACAGGGCUUAGUCUGGUGUUCCAACUCCAGUUUGGCGGUUUUAACCGGUGAUUUAAUCGUCCGCAUUUGGGACAUUGAAACCAACGAUAACUACGUGUUACCCACGUCGUUGAAAUUCUACACAAACGACGAUAAAAAUCGCACAGUUAGUGAAGUUUUCACGUGCUUGGCGUUCUGCAAAUUGAACCAAACUCUGUGUGCGGGCACCAACAUUGGCCGCAUUUAUUUCUGGACCAGGAACACAAACAAUGGGGAAAAUCCCGAGGAUUGUUGGGAGUUGAAUAACGUAAAUACGGUCAGCGGAACCGUUAAACAAUUAAUGUGGGGUUCUGUUCAGUUAAGACUCCCGUUAUUGAGCGUUAAUUGCGUCACGUGUGUUUACAUAAUGAAGGAACAAUCGAUUUGUACGUGUUUUUCCGAUGAGGUUUGGUGCACGCAAAAAACCGCCAGUCAGGUGCUUGUCGAAAGCGCCAAAAGCAACGUUUUGUUGACUUUGGAGACACAAAUCACUGAUAUGUGUAUCAAUGACACGUUUGCAAUUUUCACAAAUGGGAGACGUGUUCUAGUUUAUGAAAUUUUCUGGGAUGGGUCUGACUCGGAAAAGUUCGAACUCAAUACGAACAUUUCCAAGCAGACCGAAAGUUCGGCCGACUUUUCGAUUAAACUAAUCAGCACGUUUGCGUGUGACAAUGAGAAGGUUUUACUCCACAAAAAAAUGAUCGUUGUUUUGACCGCGAAAGCGGUCACACUCCGACAAUUAAACGGUUCGGUUAUAACCACCAUCGUGUCACCCUCACACGAGGGCGAACCGAUCGGACUCGACGUCACGGGGAAUUACCUCACGAUUUUCACAAUCGAAGGCUACAUGAAAGUGUACGAACUGGGCGAGAAUGAGGCGAAACUGUCGAUUCCGGCCCGGAAUUUGUACGACAUGUGCCCGGACUUUGGCGAAAUAAUCCAGGCGAAAAGCAACUCAAGCGGCAAUAAAAUCGCCCUGACUUUAGCCGCGGCCAAUCUAGUGCCCGAUGGGCGCUUGUACGUCUGGGACGUGGAAAACGACAAUUUGCUAUCGUACGAUUUCCACAAGUACGGUAACUUUGAUUUGGAGCAAAGUCCGGACGAAUUCAGCGUCGACGAACGAACCGAACAAAACGAUUCGUCAAACGACGACGAAACCGUUGCGGUUUUCGACGAAAUUUGCUCGAAUCGCAUCCCUUUGCACUUGUUUUGGGACGCUCAUGACCCGCGAUUAUUAAUCUGUGAUGCGAAAAAAGUCAAGUUAGGCUUGGGUGAGAAAAAAUUGAAACGGUCGCGGUCUGAUACCAAAACUACGCUCAAGGAUCAGGACCAUAUUAUUAUAACGAUGUUUGUGUCGUCCGAACACGGGAUUAAAAUGCACGAUAUCAGGGGUGUGGAGGCUGAGAGUCGGUUACUGGCCUUGGCUACGCCCUAUUUGGUGAUUUUGGAGAAGUUGGUCAUAGUUCGGGACGUUAUGAGUGAUUUUAACGGGCUUGAAAGUUGUAAUAAGGAAACGCGCGAUGCUGUUUUGAAUUUUAGUUAUAAUUUGAGUCUUGGUAACAUGGAUGAGGCCUUUAAGGCGAUUAAAUUGGUGCAAAAUCCGGGCGUUUGGGGUAGUUUAGCGAGGAUGUGUGUCAAGACGAGGCGUUUGGAUGUGGCUGGGGUUUGUCUGGGGCAUAUGGGCAAUGCACGGGCUGCGAUGGCACUCCGAGUGGCUGUGGCUGAUUAUUCGUUGCCACAUGAGGCGAAGUUGGCCGUUUUGGCCGUACAUUUGGGGAUGCUUGACGAGGCCGAGCAAUUGUACAUCCAAUGCCAGCGUUACGACCUUUUGAAUAAAUUGCUCCGAAGUCGGAAUAAAUUCGACGCUGCUCAUGCCAUUGCAGAAUCGCAAGAUCGCAUCCAUUUGAAAAACACUGACCACGCGUGGGGUAAAGCCCUUGAAGCCGUGGGGGAUUUUAAAGAGGCGGCUGUUCGUUACGAAAAGGCCAACACUCAUAAAUUCGAUGUUCCAAGAAUGCUUUUAGAUCAACCGCAACAACUUGAAACUUAUAUGGGAAAAACUAAAGACCCUGAUUUGCUUAAGUGGUGGGGUCAGUAUGUUGAGUCUCAAGGGGAGAUGCAAGCCGCCUUGAAAAUUUAUAGUAGUGCAGGUGAUGUUUAUUCGCAAGUGAGGGUGCUUUGUUUUCUUGGGGAGGAAAGUAAAGCGGCUGAAUUGGCAAGGUCGGGACGGGAUAAGGCCGCCUUUUAUCACAUGGCUAGGUUUUACGAAACGACAGGGAAUUUUGAAGAGGCUGUGAAUUUUUUCACAAAGGCUAACGCCUACAGUAACGCGGUCCGACUUUGCAAAGAGAACCACAUGAGCGACGAAUUAUGGAACAUCGGCUCUGUUGCCGGAACUCGCGAAAAACUGGAAUGUGCGCGCUAUUUCGAGGAAAUUGGGGCCCUUGACAAGUCGGUUAUUUUAUACCACAGGGCCGGAAUGCUGCACAAGGCCCUCGACCUUGCAUUUAAAGCCCAACAAUACGACAUUCUCCAACAAAUCGCCACAGACUUGGACGCUGAUAGUGACCCAGCUUUGGUGCAAAAAUGCGCCGAUUAUUUUGUAACAAACGAACAGUUCGACAAAGCUGUUGAUUUACUCGCAAUUGCGAAAAAAUACAAAGAGGCGAUCACGAUUUGUCUGACACAUAACGUGCAACUGACUGAAGAUUUAGCCGAAAAGUUAACACCUGAGAAAGACCAACUGGAGGAAGCGGACCGUGUUAAUGUCUUGCAAACGUUGGCUGAAAGUUUAAUGUUGCAAGGCAAUUACCACUUGGCCACGAAAAAAUUCACACAAGCCGGCGAUAAGAUUCGGGCAAUGAAAGCGUUGCUAAAAAGUGGCGAUACCGACAAAAUCAUUUUUUUCGCGGGCGUUUCGCGCCAAAGAGAGAUUUACAUAAUGGCAGCGAAUUAUUUACAAUCGCUGGAUUGGCAAAAUAAUCCCGAGAUUUUACGCAACAUUAUUACGUUUUAUUCGAAAGGCAAAGCUUUGGAUCUUUUGGCCAAUUUUUACGUGGCUUGUGCACAAGUCGAGAUUGACGAAUUUAAAAAUUACGAAAAGGCGUUUGGGGCCUUGACUGAGGCGUCGCGGUGUUUGGCUAAAAUAGGCAAUCCCAGGGACUCAAGCCAACAUCAGAGAGCGACCGAAAUCGUCCAACAAAGACUCACAAUGAUUAAGCGGUUUGUUGAUAUUAGGAGAUUAUUUGAUCGGGGGGAUUACCAAGCCGGCAUUGCACAAUGUCGCCAGUUGUUAAUGACCGGAGGCAAGGAAUUGGAAGAAUCGGUUCGCAGGGGCGAUAUUUGUGCCCUAAUGAUACAGGAGUACAUCAAAAGUGGGAAUUUUACCGAAGCUAAACAAUUACUAGGGGAAUUGAAACAGUUAUUGUUCAGUAGUGGGAACACACCGAUUACUUACUACCUGAAUAAGGAAACAAUUGAAGCACUGGCCCAUGGUUUAGGUGUCCCUGUUUCAACCCUAAUUCCCGCUAAAAUGACACUCGAGGAUGAAGACACCGAGGAAUUUGUUGAAGAAGCAAUUGAAGAUUAGUUUAAGUUUAAAAACGAAUCCGUCCAUUUGUGUGAUUAAAUAAAACCAUUCAAAUUGUC